GUCCCAUGUGUUCGAUACUCUUUUCCUUGUUUUCUCAUCAUUUCCUCCCGUUUUUCUUCCUGCGUCUCUUCCAUCACUUGUAGUCUCUAAAUUUUGUGUUUUUUGAACUUAUCUACGUAUAAACUUGAACUUUUCUUAAUCACGUCAAGGAAUUCUGUUCAUUUCAAAAAUUUUAUUCUCAAAAAUGUCAUUUGUCAGAAGGCUGCUUCCAGUAGUCACUGCUACUAUAUCAAGAAGAGGAAUAAUGACAACAGUGCCGUUGAAAUCAGAGUUCAAGAAAGUGAACAAUUUUCAAGAAAUUGCUCACAAAUUUUUCGAUUUCACCGAGCUCAAAAAGGAUUCCUUCAGUCCAUCAACAUUAUCAAAUGGUCGUCAAGCUCAUCAUGGAGCUGCAUACGGUGGACUUAUAUUCUCCCAAGCUCUGGCAGCAGCCGAGAAAACUGUAGAUGAGCAAUUCAAACCACAUUCUAUGCAUUCGUAUUUUAUUCUUAAUGUCGACACAAAGGAGCCCAUCAGUUAUAAUGUUCGCCGCAUCCGGGAUGGUCGAUCAUUCAUCACUAGAACUGUUGAAGCUGUUCAAAAGGAUAAAGUGUGUUUCGUUCUUCAAUGCUCAUUUCACGUGGAAGAGAAGAGCUCAAUCAUCCAUCAAUCAGAAAUGCCAAAAGUACCGGAGCCAGAAGUUCUGAUGAGCAUGCGAGACGCAGUUCCAUACAUGAAGGAACUUGUUGAAAAGGGAGAAGUGACUCCACCACCAGCAAUGCUUGCGAGACUUCAAUCAUACGAUUCAAAAGUUUAUUCUGAUGAUCAAGAUCUUUUUGAAAUGAGAUGCACGAAUUUGGGUAAUUAUUAUGGAUUUGCCAGUGAUAAGAAACCGGAACUUUAUUUUUGGAUGAGAGCACGAGGCGAUUUGAGCAAUGAUGAACGAUUCCACAGAUGGCUGAUCGCUUACAACAGUGAUUCACUUCUUGUCUCAACAGCUGUGAGCCCACAUUAUACCACUGGCUUCUGCUCUUCGAUGCUCUUCUCGCUUGAUCAUUGUGUAUGGUUCCAUAGAUCAGAAGUUAAAGCAGAUGAAUGGCUUCUGUUUGAGUGCAAAUCACGCAUUGCAUCUGGAUCGCGAGCAACAAUUGAAGGAAGAAUUUGGAGAAGAGAUGGUGUUUUAAUUGCAAGCUGUCAGCAGGAAGCACUUGUUAGAAGUAAAUCUGAUGAACCGUCAAAGUUGUGAAGAAGGCGAUGCUUAUGUGAAUAUCCAAUCAAUUAUUUUAUUUUUUAAACCUUUGUGUGUCGGGUUUAUUUUAUUAAAAAUUGUAUAGCACUGGUUUAUUAGAGAUUCCCAUUAGAUUUUGAUGUUUCUAAACAGUUUUGAAACGCAUUAAUGAAAUGUAUCUUUCGUUGUUUUGUUUAAUACACUUUUAGUCAUUUUAAACAUUUUUUUGAACCGCUAGUCAAAAAUAUACAAAA